CAAUAAGAAGCCUCUAUCUAUGUAUGUAGCGUUCGAUAUAAGCUAGUGAGGCUAACCCACCGAAAGAUUGCUGAGAACCCUUGAAAUUACAAAAUGACGUACAGGAGGGACAGGGGUGUACGAGAAGCGUAUGAAGAACGCUUCUUAUCAGACAGGCCGGUGAGAGGCCCAUACUCUCGAGCAGGAGGGGAUAGGCGAGGCCACUUUGGCAGACCUGACGAGGACUACAGCCGCAGCGGUUAUGAAUACGAAGGGGGUCCUCGCUUUUUCCCAAAUGGAGGUGGGCCGCGGAAUUACCACGGAGAUGAUCAGCGGGGCUAUCAUGGGGAUGGUGUUCAUUUCCCUUCAGAACGCAGAGGAGGUCCCCCAUCAAGAAGGGAAGAUUAUCCUUACAGAGGACCCAGGGAGGAUCCACACACAGGACGGCCUAUGGAAUAUAGCAACCGUGCACCACCACCUCACAAUGUGCGAAGCCAGGGCAUGUACCCUGCGCCCCGAUCACUGCCAGAGAGCGGAGCAGACACGCUAGUGCAAGCCAUCCUCAACCUGGAUCGAGGGGAGGACAGAGACCACUUCCGGAGGAAGGCAGCUUCCUUCCCUCCUCCCAGAGAGCGCUCUCCUGCACGCCGCGACCCGACCCGCUCCCCCCACAGUCGCUCGGGCUCCAGCGUCAGCAGCAGGGGCUACUCGCCUGAUCGGACUAAAAACCUCCCAUUCCCCUCACAGCAAGGUGUGGAUGGUCCAGAGGCGCACACUGGUCUUUCUGAUCACCUCUGGGGGGCGCUCUUUCCUCACAGUGGACAUGAUUCUACGGAAAAAAUCCCAGGUCUGUCAGGAGAAGGCUCCCCGCACAGUGCAACAUCAAAUAAGGAAGAGACCCAUCCGCCUGAAGGAGAAAAAGAGGAGCCGUUGACGACUCGUGUCACAGAGGAGAGUCAGAAGACCACCACAGACAACUUUCAACAGCGUCGAGCGCUGGCGAUCGCAGCUAAAGCCCAGGAGAUUGAAAAGGUGUACCGUCAAGACUGUGAAACGUUCGGGAUGGUGGUGAAGAUGCUGGUCGCAAAAGAUCCCAACCUGGAGAAGCAGCUACAGGUCCCCCUCAGAGAGAACCUCGGGGACAUCCGCGAACGUUGCCUUGAGGAUCUCAAACACUUUAUCAGCGAACUGGACGAGGUCAUACGUCAGCCGGAAACCCCCACUUGUGACUCGACCACCGUUUCUGCAAUCCACAGCAGUCAUAAACCUUCAAAGACGGCGAUCAAUCACAGCUCGAGUUACUGACAAAAGGGCCUGACGGAACAUUGCAGGAUAAACUUUUCACUACGACGGACAGAUUUGGACACAUUCUGGAUCAUUGGACACAUGAUGCAUUUCCAGGAUUUAGACAUUUUUCCAGCACAGGGGUGGUGGUUAACUCGUUAACCAGUGUUAAUUUUGAGUCUAUAAAUAAUUUUACCUGUUGGUGUUCUCUGUUGAAAGUUAGUGAAUUCUACCGGUGAAAAACAUCACUUGCAUUUCAUCUCUUCACUUGGGGUUCAUCAAUAUGCAUUGUGACAUUUUUCAAAUAAAAAAACAGACUUGUUUUGUUGUACUUUUUGUGUUUGUGCAUGUCAUUUUGUUGAAAGUGUGCACUUGAUGCUGGGAAUUACACAAAUGUCACAAAACCUGGAGAAAGUACGACUAAUUCUGCAGCUUCGCAAAAAAAAUAUUUUAUUCCAAGCGUCUUUACAAUACUAGGUAUAUAACUGGUUAUGACACAACAGGCAUGGUGAAUAUUUGGGCUGAAUAUAGGCUUUACAUAUUUUGUUGCAAUAGACGCUGGCACUUAAGAAAUGGCACCUUCUUGCUUGCACUAUGAACAAGGUUUGUGUGCUAACAGUUACAGCUGGUAUUUUCUUCAAUCACACUUAUUUAAACCACCAAUAUAAGAAAAUAUUAAAAUCUUAACUUAGUAUAUACAGUCAUUUUUACUAUUAUGCAUUAAAUAAUUAUCUGGUUAGUUUCAGUCUACUACUAUUACCCACCUCUGUGACCGUAUAUGCUGUAUGUACUUGUAUAUCUGCAAAACCUAAGCAUUUUUAAGAACACUCAAAUGUAUGGUUUUUUUUGUCUGCACACAAUUAUAAAGGCCAUUUUGCAGCUCGUGCAUCACAUUAAAACACAAUUUGAAAUGAAUUUACACACAUUUAUAACUACAAUUUACAGAUUCUAUAUUGUCAUUGCCACCAUUAAAAUUUCUUACAUAAGUGUAAGCCUAAUUAUAACUGAACAUAGUUUUUUAAACCUGUACAAAACAUUUUAAACAAUCAAAAAAUAAAACACUAUUGUUUUGUGCAUGUUAUAGUAUGAAUGCAGCCUGAGCUUCAGGAGAUGAUACAGUUUUUGGAGCGGUGGCUCUUUCUGCGACCUGACUUUGAGCCACGAACUUGGGAGGAGAGGGCGGUGACCCUGGGGUAGUCCUCUGCAUAGUAGCGCACAGUGGGUCGAGGCUGGGGGAUAGGUUGACCCAGAAAGUAUCCUUCUUCCUCAGAAUCCGAUGAUGAUGACGAGCAAGUGGAACACCACUCAUCCUCAUCUUUGUACAGACCCAUGAAAUGCUCAGCUCGAGGGUCUCCUUGAGAUGGCCCCUGAAUCAUGUAGUCUGACCUGGUUUGAGAGUAGGCCAGAGGCUGUCUUGGAGAGGGAUGUCGAGGGUUGACUAGAUUCUGUCUGUGCUGUCGGUAGGGUCUCUGCGCCUUUUCUAGAGGCAUCACAUUAAGAGCAAUGUCCGAGUGGGUUUUGCGGCUCCUGUGGUGCCUACUGUGGUGGUGAUGCUGUCUGUUGCGCCCAUGAUGACUAGAUGGGCGGUUUCUGUCCCUGCCCGCCUCAUCAGAGGCGUAUGCCCUCCGCUGCGGCCUCUCACUCAUGGGAUGCUUUCUAAUAUUGACCUCAAAACCAUCAUUGUAUCCGUUGUCCACAGUAUCUUCUGUGAACUUGACCAUCUGAGGAGGCCUGGACUGUGACUUGGUCCUCCUCAGUGCGGGUGCAUGGACAAAGGGAGAAGGUGGUACUUCGGAAUGAGAGUACAAAGAGCGAAGUCCUCCCCUUGUUGCUAGGUUUACCUCCUGUUCUUUCUCCUGUUCUCCUUUCUCCAUGUUAAGGUUGAGAGAGUUUGUACUGUGAUGAAGAUGAGAGGAAUUAAAGGUCCCCAUGUUGCUCAUUUUCUCACAGCCAUCUCCCACCACAGGAUCCUGCACUGCAUGCAGGGAGUACACCGUUGGCCUAUCCCUGCCAUCUCCAUCAACUGAUGCACCUACGGAAUCAGAACAUUUGUUUAUAAAGACAUUUUAAGGCAUUUUCACUGGGAAACAAUGGAAAUUAAUAACUAGUAUCUUCCUCCUUACCAGUGAUGUUUGACAGCGCUAGAGAGUCCAUAGAGUCUCCAACACCUUGCCCAGCCUUCCUCAGCUCAUCAGCAAUACAUUCCAGUGUAUCUUGGUACCACUGCCUAUUGUCUGGCCACAGAGCAUGUUUUCCUUGGUCCUGAUCUUGGUCCAACUCUAGCUCUUGAAUCUUUCUAGCACUGGCAGGUCCUGGAUGACUUCCAUAUGCUGAGUCUCCUAGCCCAUCUUGUGACUGGGCCCAGUACAUUUCAGGAAGAUGCUUCUUGCUAAUGAGUCCAGAGCUAAGGUUGUUGGCUCGGGAUGGAUUGGAAGUCUGGCUCUGGGUGGGACUGGUAGGGGUAGGAGAAGAGGCAGUGAUUCCCAGGGUGUCGGGCUUUAACCAAGGGUCAGAAACGCUUAUAAGAUGGUUUCGAUCAGUACUGGGACUUGGAGAUUUUAGGGAUGGCUGCUGAAUCUGGUGCAACAUUUCUUGGUCGCCAAACUUUAGCAGAAGCUGAGUCAUAUAGUCCUCAUGUUGGGCCCAUUCUUCUGGGUCCUCCUCUCCCCCGGCAUCCUGCUCCUCACGAUCCCGCCAGAACCGUUCCUCGUCCAGUCCAAGAUGGGAAAGCUUCUGCCCAACAAUAUCCACAUCACCGUCAACUUCACAUGCAGACACAGUGGUAGAGGGGUUUAAGACUUGUGACUCUCUCCACUGCUCUGAAGGUCUGCUGCUCUUCCCCAUGCGGACGCUGCGCCGGGAUUCACGAGAGCGAGCAGACUGGAAGGCAGAGUCGGACGAGUCAGAAGUGUGGAUAUCCUCUCCUUGGCUGCAGGCCUUUGAACAGUAAAUGCGACCUUGCUUCGGGAGGAAGGGACAGCCUAGCAAGGAGGUCUUGCACUGGGCACAAGAGAAACACUCAUCUGUGGCAUGCCAGUGUCCGCCUUCGUAGGUCAUUUGAGCAUGGUCCACUCCUGUAGGACCAAUGAAAAAAGGUACAUUGAAUCAGGGGGGAAAGGACCAUGUAUCUUUGCAAUGAAAGCAUGUCUAAUCUUUAGCUAUUGAAUCUUGAAUCUACAUUCAAUUGACUUACCGAUGUUUUCACCACAAGCCUCACAGUACUCUGCGUACAGUGACUCGAAACAGCCACAGCAGAAGGGCCGGCCUUCUUUCAUGAUGUAGCGUUGCCCCCCUAACAUUAUCUCACACUCAAAGCAGGCAAAGUGCUUCAUAUGCCAGUGACGACCUUCCGCCUCUGUGCACUCGUCUGCUAAGAUGAUCUGUUGGAGAAAUGCGGGCAAACUGUUGGUAAAAUGCAAAAACACAACCAUAGAUGAUAGUCAACACUGCUGUAACUGCUACUUACUUCGUCACAAGAAGAGCAUCUUGGUUUAAGGAGUUCAGCGUGGUGUCUCCCACAAAGGAUCUUGCCAUUUUGGUAGAAAUAGAUCAGGUCCACAAGCAACUCUUGACAUGUGGCGCACACAAAGCAUGCUGGGUGCCAGCAGGGGCUCGAUCCAGCUCUGGAGGCAAAAAUUGCCAUCUCCCCUCCAUUGAUGCCACCUUCGCACUGGGAAAAAAAAAAAACACAUGCCGCAUAUUCAAUUCACACUGUAGGCAUCUUGUUAAUGCAGUGGCUUACAGUCAAGACCCUGUAACUUAGGCUAUAAUAUGAAUCAAUCUGUUCAUAAGUACUACAUGUUCACAUUGUGGUCGGACAACAUUUCAAAAUAGACGUGUUGAUGCCACUUACACUUCAGCAAUGCAGCACCAGCAAAUAAAAGAUGCCAUCUCCAUGAACAAGAGCUGCGGAGAAUUGUAAACGCACAACCAUGUAGACACAAAUGACAUGCUGCCUUGUAAAUAAUAGCUAUGAGAAAGGUACUCUACCAUAUGAUAGUCGGGAGAACAUUGCACUAGUAAUUCAUUGUAUCUCUUGAGCUUGAACAGAGCUCACUGGCCUUGGUCUUGAGUCGACAAAGAUCAUAUGGCUCCAGAGAGAUUGUCAAAGCAUGUCUGAAGGUGCAAUCACAGGUCUUUAUUUAACCCAGAAGACUGAGGGGACGCCAAUAGACAGCGAUAGCAUUGCAUGCCCAGCUGUUUGCCAUUAUUAUGAGAGUGGACAGACAGGGGCCUUGGCUUAUGUAUGUCCCUGAGAAUGAUGGAAACUGGAGCCUCAUAUAUUUGUAUGUGAACAUGUGUGCAGUCAUGGGUAUAGGUACGCAAAAGCAUGUCUACAUGACAUAUGGCCUAUGAGUAUGACACUAUGGAUUGGUGACAGGGUGGCAUUUCCACUACGGCUUAGUGUUUGUGUGAGCAUGUGUCGCUACUUUUCAACAUGUGAUGGGUUUGUUAGCAUCUGUGUUUGGGGCAGUGACGUGCUUUCAACAUAGCUGACAUAGCCAAGCAGAGGAUGUGGUUUCCUCAUCGGUUAGGGCUUAAUUUGUUUGACCUUUUCUAUAAGGACAUCUUGCAUGUAAACAAGGAUACUUGUGUUGGUUGAGAUCUCACAAAAAAGGGGAUAGUUACAUCUGGACAGAGGUUUUGUUUGUUAGUUGUCAUAUUGCCUGUAGUUUGCAUCCAUUAGUAAUAAAGAAUCCAGACACGUGAAGGUCAGUCAUGACAUCCCACAGGGUUCUGUGCUAGGACCUGUACUGUUCAGCCUUUAUAUGUCCCCCUUUAGGUAAUACAGUAUCAUUACAAAAAACUCCAUUAACUUCCACUGCUAUGCAGGUGACACACAACUCCAUUUAUCAAUGAAACCUAACAAAACUAAUCAGCUGUUCAAACUCCAGACAUCAAAAGCUGGAUGACCUCAAACCUUUUGCUAUUAAACUCAGAUAAAACUGAGAUCAUAGUUCUCAGUUCCCAGCACCUCAGAGACAAGAUAGCAAAUGAUAUUACUGCCCUAGAUGGUCUCUCUCAACCCCCACAAUACAGUCAGAAAACUUGGUGUCAUCUUCGAUCAGGACCUUUCCUUUAGUUCCCAAAUACAACAAGUGUCAAGUACAGCAUUUUUGCCGUUACGAAACAUUAAAAAAAAAGUCAAUUCCUGCCACUACCAGUUGCAGAAAAAGGUGUUCUUGCUUUUGUGACCUCCAGGUUGGAUUAUUGUAACUCUCUGUUAAUAGGUUGCCUUAAUAAAUAUUUAAAGACCCUUCAAUUGGUCCAAAAUACUGCUACACCAAGUCUUAACCGGAACCAGACGAAGAGAUCAUAUUUCACCCGUGUUAGCCUCACUGCACUGGUUACCUGUAAAAUUUAGAAUUGACUUUAAAAUUCUCCUUACAUAUAAAGCACUACUUGGUCAGGUACCAAUAUACCUUAAAGAGCUCCUAGUACCUUAUCAACCCAGUAGAACACUGCUCUCCCAGAAUUUACACUUACUUGCCACUCCUAGAAUUUUUAGAAGUAGAGCCUUUAGUUAUCAGGCUCCUCUGUUAUGGAACCAUCUCCCUGACUCAAUUUGGGGGCAGACCCCCCUCCGUGUUUUAAAAGUCAAACUAUUUGCUGAAGCAUAUAGUUAAAAGUGAGCCCUGAUACACUGAUAUGUAUCAGUGACACCCCUCUGUGUUUCUUGGACUAAGAUAAAGACUCUCUUGUUUUGUGUCUUGAUCAUCUAUCUAUCCCUCUACUCUCUUUUUCUAUCUCAACCCAACCGAUCAAGACAGACGGCCACUCCACAGAGCCUGGAUUCUGUUCUAGGUUUCUUCCCCAGAGUCAGUUUUUCCUUGUCUCCGUCGCCACAUGCUUGCUCAUUUGGAGUUUCAGUUGGUUCUCUUUUUCUUCCAUUUAUGAGUGUGACCUUCAUGUGUAAAGUGCCUGUUGAUAACUGUUGUGAUUUGGCGCUAUAUAACUUCAUUGAAUUGAAUUGAAUUGAAUAGUUAUUGCGCAAUAUUGAAAUUCCCACAGACCUUCAUGGAACAACCCAUUAACUAUUGGAUGCAGAUCCAAAUUAGGAUUGUUCGCACUCGGAUGCCAUUCCACUUGUAUUUCUUACAUACUGUGACUGAUUUUGGAACAGUUGCAUCAGUUGUGUAAACCUGUAGCAGUUCUAGGUUGUUGGCAGGAAUUUGGCAAGACAGGUCCACUCGGGGAGCUGACUUCAGCGCUCAACUUGAGCAUAAGAUUUCUUCCGCUUCCUCAAAAUAAUGAGGGGGAUUUAUUAGCGAGUUCCAAACCACAUCAGCCAAUCAGACUAGCUUAAGAUAUAAAUAGUACAGCGGUUGUUUUUUGUGCCUGAUCGCUACAUGACCUCUUCGUGCGUGUGCGUGCUCAUGGGCAUUUGUGCGUGCUACCUACAUUUUCACAGCGAGUGUGUUGCAGAGCUCGGGGCAAGAUCUUGGGCGUUCCCCUCCCGAGUGCCUCUCUCUUCCGUUGGGCGCUGAACAUGUGAAGCUCCUUCUUCUCCUCCUCUGUUAGAGAUUGGCAGUAACGAACCUGUUCGAAACAAAAGUGUUUUUUUUUUUGUGGUGCUGCCAAAACGGAAAUAAGGCGGUCUGAAAAAAUGGUUUAUUUGAAAGUCAUCCGCUCAAGGCUUUUGUUGAAAGGAUGGCAUGGGCGAGACGUAAACUCCUUCCUUGUGUUUAGAGAUGGUGAUGAAUGCCCAGAUAAAAGACAGCGACUAUCUUAACAGCAUGCUGGUGCACUUUCUCCCUCCCUAACCACAGUUACGCAAGGAAUUCACCUCAAUCACCAACAAACAUUAUAAAACCACCCCAUCAAACACUGUUUAUAUAGAGACCACCUCAGUCAGACAGAGUGGCCCAGCCCCUCGUGUGGCCUGAUAAAGCCCUCCGCCAUAUCUUCUAAUGUAAACUCUUAUCAGUGCAGAUGUGAAAGGAGUGCUGCUUUACGCACCAUAAAGCUGUUCUACAGGCGAGGCGGCGUGGCCAUUGUUCUGUUUGUGUUAGUCUAAGCUUUAAUCAGCUGCUGGCAUUUUAUUGCUAACAGCAUCCACUACUUUCUCUGAAACAGUGAUGCGUUUUUUUCCUCUAAGAAAAGCUAUGACCUGAAAAAAAAGUGAUAAACAAUAAUUUUCAAGUUCUUCAGACACUUGAGUGUCAACGCUUCAUAGCUUUACCUCAUUGUCGUGAGGCGGCAGCUGGUAGAGGAGUUGCCGGAUUCUGUGUUUCUCACCAGAGCUGUUAACAUACGGCACCUUGUCCUCAGGCAGACAGGAAAAAUACAUCUGGACCUGCAGAUGCAAGGAGGUAUUAGUUUGGUAGUAGUCUUGCAACCAUCACACUUUGGAAUGAAUGAGGACACAAGAAGCAAAUAUGGAAUCAAUGAAUGGAGAAUGGCUGCUACUGUGUGUGUGCCCUUAUUUUUUCGAUUCAGCUGGCCAAACAUGUCAAUCUUGAUCCCGUCACAGGCAACCGACUGUGAAAUCUUUCUGGACACACGAGAGAGCAAUGUUUGCUUAACCCGUUUCCCACUAAAAGUAUGAAAUGUUUACGUAUUCCGAGCAUUUUAUGGGGAAAAAAUCAUGUAAACAUGCAAAAACAGCACACAAACUAGCCAUUAGCUAUUGCCACAACCUGAACCUCAACCGUUCUGGAGUAUUUAGUGUUGAGGUCUUACCUGCUCAGGCCUAAGUCCUGGUGGCACCCACGCGUACUCUUCCAAUGCACAACCUGAGUCGUCAUCGGAGGUGGAGCUCCUCUGGAAGCUCAUGGACACCUUGCCCUUCUGCACCACAGGAAGAGGCUCCAUCUCUGGGCCUCGAUGCGACAGGCGCUCGCCUCGUUCACUGCGCUCCAGGUUCAUCAUGCACGGGCGCUGCAGACAGGGGGAAAAAAAACUCUAAUAUUUUGUUGUUUUCAUCCUGUUAGUGUCUUAAUUCCUUUGAUGCUUGAUGAAAAUGCAAACAGCACUUAGCAGCCACUUCAGAGGAUGUGUAAUGGAAAAAUCCAACCAGGCUUUUCCAUUAAUGCUACAAUGUCUCUAUUCCACUGUAAAUUGUGCUUCUUUAAAUUUUUAGAACAUUUACUGUAUGUUCUUUAAAAUUGCACACGGUGUGGUUGGACAAAAAGAUGUUCUCAGCCAGCAAACGUCUGUUUGCAGGUUGUGUAAGAACAUACCGUA